CGAUGAUGACUAGGAACUAGGAAGAGAUUCCUACCAGGAUAAGGAAACUCCAAAACUCUCCAAAACCAAUAUAUGUUGGGUCUGUAAUUUCCUCUAUUUAUUUAUAUCCGAAAACGACAUGAACACUGUAAGCUUUAAGUGGUCUUUUUCUUUUCGAUUUCGGCCCUGAAAGCCUCGUCUCAGAAGCUCUUACCUUCAUGGCUAACCAGUCCGAUCAUGAGUACCACCAUCUCAAGCAACCCUUGGAAAAAAAACUAACUCUCUGAACCUCAAGCUGCAUGCAUUGGUAAUGGAUUCUGUCAUGGAUGCUUCGUCUUGGCCAGCUCUCUCUAUUCAGAGAGUUCCCUCUCCUGAGGUGAUCCUCUCAACAGAAAUUGCGACUUGUGAGCCUGUUCCUACCGAGAUGGCUGGUGCUAACAAAAAUGAGUGUUUGUCUUCGUCUUCAGCUAUUGAUUCCACGGUUUCAGUUUCUGUUGAUGACUCUGCUCCUAGGUCGGAGCAUAGUACAGUGACAUCUUCCUCCUCUAGUCCAUCCUCAAUGGGGCCUAGGAGUCAGUCUUCAAGCCAAUAUAAUUACGGCGCUAACCGAAUUCAUCAUCAGCAUUAUCAUUCAGAUGGGUUUCGUCGGAAUCAGAGAGCUAAUGGGUUCAAUUCGAAAGGAGGAAAAAGAGGAGGAUAUGUGUUACCAAAUCAUAAUUUUUCGACUACCGGUCAUCAACAACAGCAAAGCAGCCAUUGGAAUCAUAAUCGGGGUGGAUUCAAUUGCAAUACCAAUGCUAGAUGGGUGAAUUCGCGGCAGCAAAUCCACCAUGGAUUUAUUAAUGGAUCAUCUGAAUUUCUUGGACCAAGACGUUCGUUAAUACACUCUUUUCUUCAUUCAACUCCAAUGAUUAACUCUCCAUACUUUAACGUAAACCAUCAACCUCCUCCUCCACCAAUUCCUGGCUAUAUGUUCCCUUAUUACGGCAAUGCAAACUAUUCAGAGGUGUCAAAUCCAUGGUAUUGUCCUCCGGUGUCUCUGCCUUCAGUGCCCUCCCCGCCACCAUACAUUGAUGCAAUAAGUGGAGCAUUAACAUACAAUCAACCUAUUUUUCCAAACUCAGAAGUUGGAAUGUGCAACAAAAUACUCUAUCAAAUUGAGUAUUACUUCAGUAAGGAGAACUUGGAGAAGGAUGGUUACAUGAAGAGCUUGAUGGAUGAUGAAGGCUGGAUUCCCGUUCAUCGUAUUGCAGGGUUUAGAAGGGUUAAAGCCAUGACAAGUGAUAUCAACCUGAUACUGAGAUCAUUGCAACUCUCUGCUGUUGUAGAAGUACAAGGAAAUAAAAUGCGUAGACGUGGAGACUGGAUGAACUGGGUACAGAAUCGCUCUACAGAUGCUCAAAUUAGCUCUAUCACAGACAUUUCAACAGGCAUUCAAAACAUUCAUCUGAGAGAAAGCUGGAGCUGAUGCACUCGUAUCUGAUGAUUCGAACUGUCUUCAUGCACAGAUGAAGGGAUCUGGUGCAAGUUAGCUACCAAGGUAGUUUAUUUAAAAUAAAAAAAAUAAAAAAUAAAAAAAAGGACUUGAGUUCAAAAAAGGAAAUAGAAAAAGUGGGAGAAGAAAAAAAAGGAAAUAAGAAGAAAACAAACUGACUUCCGAAACCUUGUGAUGGAGCUGUUCUAAGCACAAUUAGCAUGUCCAGCUCAGUACUGAAAGAUUUCAUUCUUUUCGUACGAAGAGGACAGAUAUUGAUGGUAGAGGUUCCAAGUGAAAACCCCAAUCCUUCUAACCUAUAGAGAAGGCAGUUCUGGUUGAUGUCUGUAGCUAUGUACAGAAUAUGUGUUCAAUUAUCCUUUUUAUAACUCUUCUUUGGGCUAACCUGGUUUGGAGCCUUAUCGUAUUAUACAGAUGAUGUUGGAACCAAUUUUGAGUGUAUCUUUCUGCCCAUAUGAAGAGGGAGGUUCAUUUCUAAUCCGGUAUUCUUUUAUUAGUGUGGUUAAUAAUGUGCAGACCAUUUAACCAUUGGUUUUCCAUAAUCAACAAUGUAAAGUUCCAGCCUGUUUCUAAUCCAUAAUUUGCAUGCUUUUUAUGGCAUAGUUUGA